CACAUCCGAAACAGUUACAUUUUACACGGAAAAAAUAACAAAAUAACCAAUUUUUUAAUAUAAAACUGUGCUACAUAAAACUGUCAAAAUAACAUUCAUAAUAUUCCAAUUUGACAACCAAACAUGUCGGUCGUUCAGCCGUAAAACCCAUUUUUUUUUAAAUAACAAAACGAAAGUUUCUACUUAAAUAAAAAAAAGAAGAAAAAUCAGUGAUUAAAAAUCAAUUAAUUAAUUUAAAUAUUAUUAUAAUAAAAAAGCAUUGUUGUUUAAUUUUUUUUGAGGAGAAAGUUUUUCUAAAUCAGUUACGACGGCGUCUUUUAAAGAUUUUCUUUAUAUAAAACGACAAAUGUAUACAGCGGCUAAUGCCGUUGAGAAAAGUGCAUUGAAAUUAGUUUGCACGGAAUCCGAAGAUCAUUUUAACUAUAUAUCUUUACCUCCCGACAUUAAUAAACAUAAUAAACACAAACAGAAAAUAUGUCGCUGCCCAGAGAGUUCCAUUUUAGCCAGGAGUUGUCAAAGCUUGAGAGUCAGCUCGGAUCCUCGGCGCCACCGACAUCAACGGCUCUCUCCUGCUCCAUCGACCUGCCUACAGAUGUCAUCUCAGAGGCAAUCCUGUCCCCGGACAAGGGGGGCUCCCUGCUGUCCGUGCAGUCGGCCCCCCCGGAGCAGAGGGAGCGACCUGCCAGUCUGCUGCUCGAGCUGCCAUUAGCGACGCAAGUAGGAGCCUACCUCUCGGCGAUGUCGCCGACUGAGCAGGAGGAGGACUCCCUCCUCACCCUCUCGUCGGUAACUGCGCGCCCUCUGCUGGCUGCGUCCCGGAAACUGCGGCCGCCUCCCGAUUCGUCCGCUGAAAGCACAGCCCCCCCAGACGGUGGUUACGGCUGGGUGGUGGUCUUCGGAGCGUUCAUGGUGCAGUUCUGGGUGGCUGGCCUGUUCAAGUCCUACGGCGUGCUGUACGUGGAGAUCAUGGAGACGUUUCCAGACUCCUCGGAGUCUGUGGCGUCGUGGAUACCUGCUGCGCUGUCUACCCUGUGUUUGGCGCUGGCCCCUCUAUCAUCAGCUCUAUGUGAGAAGUACUCCUGUCGUCUCGUGGUCUUCAUAGGAGGUCUAUUCUGUGCCACCGGACUAGCAUUGUCCUACUUCAGCCGCGGUCUACUGCAUCUGCUGUUGAGCUUCGGAGUCAUGACUGGAAUCGGCGGUGGCUUAUCGACAACACCUGGCAUUGUGAUCGUGUCGCAAUAUUUCGAUAAACACAGGGCGCUGGCUAAUGGUAUAUGUGUGAGCGGGACAGCAGCUGGCAGCUUCGUGUUUCCGAUGCUAAUUGAGAAACUUGUGGAUAUGUAUGGACUGCAUGGAACCGUGUUGUUGUUAGGAGGUGGUAUGCUGCACGUAUGCGUAUCAGCGACCCUGUACCGCCCCGCGCCAGUCAGCUUCAACACCUCAGCGCUGGCUGACCGGACACCUGCCACUACCACCACCACUGAGCAUACCACGCUCUUACAUGAUAUACAAGAAGAUCAAGGCAUAAUGUUCAAAUCAGACUCCUCAAAAGACAAUCGGCUGCAGAGUCUCUUCCAGCCUGAUGCGGACCUGACCCUGAACCAGAAGAACCUGCUCCUCAGCGAGGAUCUGAAGAGAACCAACCUCAUUACGGAGAUCAUGCAUCCUAGUUUGAUUGAGGUCGCCCGUCAGCAAAUGCAGUCCCAACACUCAGACUCCGAGGACUCAGAGGGACUAGACGUUUUGGGAGUUGUCGGUCUGCCAAAAGAAGUAGUACGACUACGGCUGCGCCCCACUCGAUCCUCCUCAAUACUCCACUCAGUCGAGGACCUCUCCACUGACAGUACCUGUGUUUACAAGGCGAGACGGAAUCUUAGUAGUAAAUCCUUAUACAUUCGCCCCCCUCCAAGUCGGCUGAUACCGUGCAAGCUGACAGAGCCCAUCAUCAUCAAGCAAGAGGAGGUUCAGAAAGAGGAAGUUCAGAUCGAGAAGAAACAAGCUGGAUGUGUUGAUAAAAUAUCUAGGUAUUUAGAUGUAUCACUACUAAAAUCAUGGCGGUUCGGUCUGCUCUGUGCGUCCGUGGCGUUGAUGUCCUGUGGGUCUCCUUACGCGCUGUACUACCUCCCGGCAUACACUGUAGCUGCUGGGCACAGUAAAUCUGCUGCUGGUCACCUGGUAGCUAUCAGCGCCGUUCUAGACCUGUGUGGGAGACUGGGACUCGGCUGGUUGUGUGAUCUUCAUCUAUUCUGCAGGAGAAAGGCUUACAUCGUCAGUAUACUGGUAGCUGGUAUCGCAGUUCUAACUCUGCCGAGUCUCAAAUCGUGGUGGGCGCUCGCCAUUGCAUCAGGUGCGUACGGCCUCUGUCUCGGCUGCUGGUUCCUGCUGGUACCAGUACUCCUGGCUGAUGCGUUCGGAACAGCUCGCAUAGCAUCCUCCUACGGGCUGGUCAGGAUGUUCCAGAGCUUAGCUGCCGUGUCUAUACCACCUACUGCUGGUCUCAUCCGCGACGUAACCGGCGGAUACUCCUGGUGUUUCUACGGCAUGGGAUCCUGUAUGGUCCUAGGUUCGAUCCCGGUCAUAGCAUUCCAUUUGAGCACGAAAAACGAAGACUCCGACUCCUCAGUCGAUUGAAGAUCUAAUAACUAUUUAAAAUAAGCAAUAUAAAAAAGCGUUUACGCUUUUAAAUAAAACGUUAAAAUUUAAACGGGGGUCUAUAGAACUUUAAAAUUCUAAAUGGGGUCUUAGGAAUGUUCUAGACGGGGUCAUUAGAAAUAUUGAUGUGAUUUGAAGCGAUAAUCUUUUGGGGUUAAAAUGGUCUAUGUGAUUACGUUUUUUGUGGUAUCUUAUUGUGAUUGUUCGUAUGUUUGUAUUUUAUUGAUAAAUAAUUAAACUGUAAUGGAUGUGUUUUCGGAAUAUGGGAAUAAAAUAUUUGCAAUUAUUGAUGGGAAAAACGUAUUGGAGAGGAAAGAAAAUGUUUAGACGUGGCAUUUAGCGUGAAAGGUUUAUAUAAAAAUUAAUAAAUCGAAUUUGUGUGUGUACUAGAGUAUUUUGGGUAUGUUUAUCCAAAAAAUCUGGUUAAAUUGGUUGGUAUGGGACAACCUAUCAUUUUUAGGGUGUUCCUUUACAGUCUAGGAAUUUGUUUUAUUGUAUUUAUUUUAGUAUUAGACGUGUAUUUGGAGUAGGUAUUAAGUUGAAAUUAAUUAUAGUUUCACUACCGUACUCAGAGACAUUUAAUGUUUACUUAAACUAUUGUUUAGUAACGAUUUUGUACCGAAAGCGAUUGAUAAGGACUGGGUUAAGUAACCAUUAAAUGACUCUGAGUACGGCGGUAUGUUUGUAAACUAUAUUUUGGUUUUUUAUUGUGAAAUUUCAGUAAAAAUUCUAAUGAAUUAGAUGCAAUAAUAUUAUUUUAAGUAACUUUAGAGGUUUACUUUCUAUCUAAUACUAUGAUAAAUGCAAUAAUUUGUUUGUUAUUGUCAUGAGCUAAUAUUUACAAGUGAACAGCUCAUGUAGUGUAGAGAUUGUCCAGUCAACUGAUGGUAGCGUGGACUGUCCAGGCGAUACGUACUUAGGUAUCGACAUGAGCUAAUGGUAACAUGUAAACAGUGACUCGUGUAGUGUAGAGAUUGUCCAGUCAACUGAUGGUAGCGAGGUUGUGUGUCCAGGGUGCGACACUUGCUGAAGUUUAUGAUAAAUAGGGAAGGUACUAGCACCCUCUAAGUAUAGUUUUGAUAUAUUGGUAUCGCCAUACAUAAUCAUAAAACAGUAGUUAGUUUAAUCGUAAUAAUUGUGUUUUAAAUACCUUGUCUUGCUUAAAAACAUGUGGCAGGUCUUACUUUAUUUAUCAAAGAUAUUUUGUAGAGAAGAUUGAAUAUAAUAUAUUACUUCUAGCUUGACUAAAAACAUUGUAACAGUAGAUAUGUUUGUGGAAACAUCAAAGUUAAAAUUAUUUAUUUCGAAUAGAUUACGUAGGCACUUUUGAAAGUCAACGGCAAAUAUAAUAAUAUUAAUAACGUCUGUCUGUCGCUCAUUCCUCUAGUUGCUCUAUUUGUUCGUUCCAAAGUGUGGAUUCCUAUGGAGAAGAACGAGCAAAAACGCUUUUUCAAUCAAAUUCACAAUACAAUUCUUUGUUACAUUGUUUCGUUGGUUCAACUAUGUGAGAACAGUAUUUAAUCAAAGAGAAGCCGUGCUUGACGACUGGGCUUUUCCUAGUUGUGCAGUCUCUUUUUGUGCCUUUAGGCUUCAGUCAUUCUGUCUCCUGCGUUAAAUUUCACUGAGGGAAGUGGAAACUAUCGUUUUCUUUUCUUCUCCUCUAAUAAUAUCUUCUGAUUUAUUUCGUUGCGGGAUCCAAGACAAUUCAUGUCCCUGGGACGUUGGACUUCAGUGUUCCAGUGUUUUCAUGGUUGUAUCUACUGUAGAUCCUGGUGCACAGGAGUUGCAACGGUUUAGGAAGUUGUGAUGGGCUUGUCCCAUUAUACAAAACCCUUUUGAUAAAUGAAGUGAGACUUAAAAUAAUACAUUUUAAGUAGUAUCUUUACGAAGAGUAUACCUACUUAGUGUAGAAAUGGCUCCUACGUUACAAAAUACCUACAGAUUAGCGGCUAAAGUACUGUUGAAGAAAAUUAUGUAAUUUAAAAAUACAUGUAUCUAUUUAGUACAUUGCCUUUAUGUAAACAUUUAAUAUUAUGUUUGUAACUAUACUUAUAAGCUGUAUCCUUAGUACAAGUUUGUUUUACGUUGAACGAGGUCGAAAUGAGAGUGCGUCCGAUGCUUUUUUUAAGGGGAAAAUCAUCCAAUGACUUCUCCCGCCUUGGGCGAGGCAAGACGGAGUGUCAGACUCUUACUGACUAAAAACCACCCCGUUCCUACUCCUGCUCUUCGAGCCAGAGCCCCGAUAAACACGCUAGGUAGUCCGCAGCUCCGGAUCAGGGUGUUCGACGCUGUGAUUGGUUGGUUAUUUCGAGCUGGCCAAUCGGAGCACCGAUCGCGCUCUCGUUACGAUAACUUUAGACGUGAAGCAAACUUAUAUAACUAAGGGUAUUGCAAAGUGUCAGCGUACAGAAUGCAAAACAAACUCAUACUAAGUACUAGUUUGAAGACAGUACAGCUGACUUCAAUUUUAUUAUAAUCUUGGAUUAUAAGUCCAAAUAAUUUCUCUUCACAUUUUAGUAACUAUAAAAGCAAUUUGAAUCACAUGAAAACAUUGAAUGAGGAUUAUAUUUAUUUACAAACAUACAAUAGUUUGUUAACGUUGUACACUCGUAUUCAGUAUAUCUACUCCGGUUCUCGAAUGUUCGCAGUAAAUGGAAUUGUAGUACAAAAUCUGCGUUUUUCGUUGAAUUAGAGUAGACUUGCAGUAAUUUAAAAAUGUCUAACUGGGGUCAUUAGAAAUCUUAGAUUGUUUUAACUGAAAAAUGUAUGAGCGUCAAGAACUAUUCACUAGGGCUUUUAAUUUAAGUUUUCCUGUAAUUUAUGAAUAUAAUUUCACCUUAGAUUUAUUCGUUUUAUGAGUGGGGUCACUAGAACUUUUCGUUAUGACCCCAUUAUGAUUUUGUUUUAUUUUCAAAGUACUGCAGAAGUAUUACAGAAUUUUUAAAAAUUAGUAUUGUUUUGAUCUUGAUUGAUUUUAUUACUUUUUUUGUUUAACUAUGUGGUAUGUCAGUAAAUGGUGUUUAGAGCAUCUUCACGCUAGCGUUUGUCCUGCGGCGGCGUUUGAUAAACGUAGAUGUAGUAUGUAUGAUGACGGGGUAUGAAAAUUAAAAAUCUAUUUAGUCCGUCAGUUAGGUAAUGAAAAAAUAUUAGACACGUAUUUUUUAUUUUGUCAUAUAAGAUAACAAUACUUAGAUAAAACGAAUCGUUGUUGAGUGUUGAUUUGUUGUUGCGUCACUAUUCAGUAUAAAACAUACUCUAAAGUGACGUCACAUGAUAUUUCAAAUCAGU